UUGGAACCUACCAAAUUUAGCUUCUUGUUGGAAAAUUUAGCUUCUUGUUGAAGUAAAUCCAAAUUUGAUAAGACUAAAUUAAAUAUAAAACGGAUCGAGGCUCACUAAUGAACUAGUUGGUAAUCAUUUACAAAGAAGAAAGCUAUACGAAACAGGAAAUCACCGCCUUUUUCAUCAAACGAGAUUCAUAUUCUUCGAAACAUUUAGACCGCGAAGAGGGAUUCAUCUUUGUUUCUGCAACACUAGUAAACAACAAGCAAGAGAAUAAGAAAAAUAAUGGCGUGCUUGCACAAUCAUAGCUGCGAAGAACACGAGUGCGGUUCCCAGUGGUCUCUCUACAAUUAUAUCGAUAUUUCUCGGGUAUCUGCAUUAAAUGAAUCUGUGACAGGAAGUGUGAAGUCUCUUUUUAAAAGCUGGGAACUUCGUCUUGAUACUUCGUCGGAGCGCUUGGAGAGCAAUGAGGGUGAUCCAGAGCUAAUAGUUUUUAUACCGUUUACAUCGGAUGUGAAGAUAAAGAGUAUUUCUAUUGUCGGUGGUACAGGAGGAACAAGCCCUUCGAGAUUGCGAGCAUUCAUAAACAGGGAAGGUAUUGAUUUUUCGGAUGCUCAAGAAAUAACUCCUGUUCAGGAAUGGGAGUUAGCAGAGAAUGUGAAUGGAGAACUUGAGUAUCAGACCAAGUAUUCUCGAUUUCAGGGUGUGGCAAAUCUCACAUUGCAUUUUCCUGAAAACUUUGGAGCUGAAACAACUCAAAUAUAUUACAUUGGAUUACGUGGUGAAGCUACUCAGAUGAAGAGGGAUGUCGUUGCAACGAUUGUUUAUGAAGCAUUACCGAAUCCAUCUGAUCACAAACUUCCAUCAGAGACUGGAGGUAUUUCAAAAGUAAUUUGAUAAAUGGUGUGGCAAUGACGGGACGAUAACUAUGUUGCAUGUCUUAUAUGUUAGUAGUUCUAUCUAAAGCUAAAAUGUCAACUAUGCCCCCACAACGAGACUGAUGAUUCAGAGAGACACAUGGAACCAACAUCCACGAUGUUUAGCAGUGGUUUGGUUCAGCAAUUCCUGAUUAAAUGUAAGAUUCUUCUUUGGUGAAUGUGGAAUUUUGGAAUGAAACCUGUAAUUUGCAAAUCAUGAACAAUGUUUCUUCUUAGAAAGUAGAUCAAACGACAGAUACAAAAUCAGGGGCUUUUACAUGUGGUUCUCUUGUUUUGGUGUGACAUGCUGAUUUUAAAAACGAUGUAUAGAAGGGCGAUAAAGUCCUCAAAGAUGCUACUGGUUUGGGUUGUUGCUUUUAUUAAAUAUUAUAUAGAUUAAGAAAAUGCAUGCUUUGGAUA